AUGGUGUAGAAUUUUAAAAAUGUUAGCCAUACUUAAAAUUUAUAUAUUUAUUGUUUUUAUUUAAGUAAUCAUUAAUAAAUGUUUUCUUUCUAAAAGCCGGCUGGGAAAAAAUAGAUGGACAAUCAAUGCUGAGAAUGGUUUUUCUUUCCAAGGAGCAGCUACUGAAAUGUCUCCUAUGUAGGCGAUCCGAUUACAAGCCACAAAACAACAUGAAGGAUGGAUUCCUUAACUCAACACCGGAGAGAUCUAACGACCAUAACUCAGUUUGGCCGUUAAUGAUGGGAAAGGAUUAUAUUUAUAACAAGAAUGCCUGGAGAAGUAAAAUGAAAAGAAACUUUGACGAAAUUGACAAGGCUUCCGUCAGCUUUGGAAUACUCAAUCCACUUGUAUAGUUCUAAAUACUCGCGGUUACGAUUAGAAUUAAAGCAAGGCCGCUUUGUGUCAAGGGAAUAAUUGUAGAAUAUGAUUGUAUCUGAAACCUCAUGAUAAAUACAAACCAGAUAGAUAUUUAUAUGCUUUAUAAAUGAUAUUAUAACUCUGUCAAUAAAAACAACUAUGAUUGUUAUUAACAUGUUUA